GGGCAGUGCCAGGCUGGCACAGCAAGGCCCCCUCACCCUCCCUGAUGACAGAGGGAGCUGAUUGAACUUGCUGGCUCCCACUCACUCUGCCCCGAUUUUCCUCAGGACAAAUGAGAAGAACCUGUCUCCAAGCGCAAGAUUUUGGGAAUAUGUGUCAGAGAUGCCUGUCAGUAAAACAUCCGUCUUGCCCUAAUUUCUGCAUGGAGUGCUGCAAUGUCGACUGAAAUAACCUUUCAAGCUGGCUCUGGUGCAGAGGUAUUUUGGCUUAUGUUAUUGCUGAGAGCUUUCUUUCUUAUGAGCUCUUUCUGCCUCUCUGUGUUUCUGAUGUCUGACUCUCUUCACUCUUCUUUUUCCCUUGGGCUGGGAUGUGUGCUGUUUGCAAUGCAUCAGGAAGUAAUACGCAAUGAGAAAACUCUCAUCAUCUGUGCAUCAGGGAGAGAAUUACUGACUGAGUGCUGAGCAGUCAAGUUAUUGAUUCAAACCAAAGCCCAGUCUCUCUGUCUGCUGGGCUGGUUACAUCCUGCUGGUUCAUUGCAUUUAAUCGGAUUCCCUGAGCUGCCACGCGGAGGGGGCGAGUUAGAACCAGAUCCAUCUAUAAUGUUCGCUUCAAAAUCCAGUUCUGUAUCCCCUUCUCCGUCCAUGGAACAGGCAGAUUCAGAUGCUCUGGACAUCAGCACCAAAGUGCAGCUGUACGGUGUGCUCUGGAAGAGACCCUUUGGGAGGCAGUCAGCCAAAUGGUCCAGGAGGUUCUUCAUCAUUAAGGAAAGCUUCCUGCUCUACUAUGCUGAGAGUGAGAAGAAGAGUUUUGAAAGCAAUAAAUACUUCAAUAUCCAUCCCAAGGGUGUUAUACCCCUGGGAGGCUGCAUUGUGGAGCCCAAAGAAGAGGCCAACAUGCCUUAUGCCAUAAAAAUCUCUCAUGAAGACUUCCACGGUAACAUUGUUCUAGCAGCGGAAUCAGAGUUUGAGCAGGCUCAGUGGCUGGAGAUGCUACAGGAGUCUGGAAAAGUGACUUGGAAGAAUGCCCAGCUGGGAGAAGCCAUGAUCGAGAGCCUGGAAGCUCAAGGACUACAGCUGGCCAAGGAGAAACAGGAAUAUUUAGAUAAACUAAUGGAAGAAACAGAAGAGCUGUGUCUGCAGAGGGAGCAAAAAGAGGAACUUGAGCGUCUGAACCAGAUCCUGGAAGCAGAGAAGCAGCGUUUUGAAGAGGUGGUGCGGGAACUGCGGCUGGAGCAGGAGGAGAUCAGACGGGAGCUGGAGCUCACAGCCCACUCCCUUAAAGGAGUGGAGGAAGAAAAGAAAGAGUUGGGAAGCCUGACACAGUCCUUACAGAACACCCUAGAGGAGCUCUCCCUGGAAAAACAACAAAUGCUGGAGAUGCUGGAAGAAAAUGAGAACCAGGUCCCACCUCCAACCAGCCCCAACAAGGAGCAAAGUCCCAUCUGGGGACUGCACUGCAGCCUGCGACAGAUUGAAGAGAAGAUGCAGCAACUUCUGCAGGAGAAACUCCUAGCAGAGAAAAGGAUGAAGGAGAAUGAGGAGCGGUCUCGAGCACUGGAAGAGGAGCGGGAGUUUUACUCUUCCCAGUCCCAAGCGCUGCAGAACUCGCUCUCGGAGCUGACUGCAGAGAAACAGCAGGCAGAGAGAGACCUCAAGGCUGAAGUGAAGGUACGCAUGGAUCUGGAGAAGAGACUGAGGGAAGCUGAGGAAGCGUUGCAGAGCUUGGAGCAAGGCUUAAAUUCCCUGAAUUGCAACAAGGAGAAAGAGAAGAAGAUGAAAGCAGAUGUCAGUAACUUGAGAAAGUUCUUUGAAGAGUGCAUCCGCAACGCUGAGCUGGAGGCCAAGAUGCCUGUGAUCAUGAAGAACUCCGUGUACAUCCACAAGGCCGCCACACGCCGCAUAAAGAGCUGCCGCUUCCGCUGCCGGAGAACCAGUGCUUCGUGGAAUGACAUGAAGCAGUCCCAGUCCUUCAUCUUCUCGCAUGCAGAAGCUGAAAACAUUGAAGAGCUGAAAGAAGCAGCCAAAAGACUGAGCCGGGACCAGCGUUUUAGGAAAACUAUCUAUCAAAUCAUGAGGUCACAAAAGGAUUCUGCUUCAGCAGACAAAAAGUGACUUCUUGGGAGGAGGCCUCUGAGAUCAACCUGCCAUUCAGCUCUGCAAAAGUCACAGCCUUGGGCACUAGGCUCAGAAGGGAGAUUGGGCAUUUGGUGGGGAAGGUGAGGGAGAGUUGUGUGUUGGCAAUCCCUUCAGUUACUGGCUUUGCUUUAGUUUGGGUGCUCCUGCAGCCUGGCAGACCUUCUCUGCUGAUCACUCCAGACCUGUUUGCUUCAGCUGCUUACAUUAAGCCACGUUUUGCCAAGAUGCCACAGUUGGUGUUAAAGUGAACCAGAGACCGUAGCUUAGGAAGUGCCUCUCCUUUCCUUCCCUUCCCUGUCUAGUGUGCAGCCUAUGUUCCAGCUAGUGUAAUCUCAGCAGAACACAGCUCACCCUGCUCUGCCUGAUCCCCUCUAGGAGAUGGCUUGCUGCACACCCUCAGUCAAUCAGCACUUUGGUGGGGCACAUUUCCGGAAGACUGCAGCAGUCCCAGACUCCCAAGCACAGGCAAAAGUAUCGAACACAGGGCCAAACUUUCUGUCUUGAUGCUACAUCAUUUCAAGCAAACAGCAACAACACAAGGUGAAGACAACAGGAGGAUGCUGUGGAUUUGGGUCCCAGGAGGAUCAUGAACAGAGAAGAACUUAUAGGUAACUCAGUGGCAUUGAUGCAAGCUGGAGGGAGGGUUCUAUUUUAUUCAUGGUGGACAGAACAUUCCAGGGCUACCUUUGCACAUUUUUUGCACUGGGACAUUGAGCUGUGUCAGAACAGAGAAAUAUGUGCUAUGGAAGGUGUUAGGUCUUGGCUAUCUGUUCCUCAGUGUGAAGAAGCCUUUGACUGAGUUUUGAUGGCUUUCUCAACACCUUUGUAAAAUGAGUUGGAGUGCAGGAGGGUGAGGACUGUCCAGCAACAAGACCCACUACCACUUCAGGCAAGCUGUCAGGGCCGUGAAAGAAGAGUACAGGAGAGGAGUCACUUUGUUGUCAAACCACUUGCAGCCUCUCCCACCUAUUUUUAAGCAAGCAGUUGGCUAAUAAUUACCCAUGCUGUAGAAACAGCACUGCCUGGUGCUUGCAGAGCGCAGGAAAAGCACACUUGGAGUGAUUCCCUGUUUUCUCCUUAGGAAAUAAGGGAAUAGACAGUACAAAGGUGAAUAAAGUUAGCAUCAGGAGUACAGUUAGGGGGUGGUAAAGUGCAGAUUUACUGUACCUUUCAUGGCAUCAGGACCCCUGGCUAUUAUGUAUGUCCAGCGACACAGAGGUAGUUUCUUGCUACUGUCCCAUUCAGACUGUGACAGUGUCCGCUCACAGCCUUUGGCUUCCCACCACCCACAUAAUUCCCUACCAGUUUAGUGUUUAGUGACUUUUCCCUAUGGAAAAGGCAAGGAUGAGGCUGGGAAGCAAGCCUUGGCUGGCAAGCCAGAGGAGAAGGGCUAAGGCUGAGUAGAGGAGCAUCCUGUGACAGGGUAAUGCUCCUGAAUGGAAUCACUCUAUUGUGACCAGAGGAAAAGCUUUGAAAGCACAGCCUGUGCUUCCCAUUUCAGUCAGUUACUGACUAGUAGCCCUCUGCCAGGCAUUGGGAGGUUUCAUCCAGUCAGAGAAUCCAGCUCUGAAGGAUGAUGUUUUUGUGAUAAUAGGUCAUAUGGUAGGAGAAGAUUGUUUCCAUCCUUCCUUAGCGUACCUGAUCCUUCUGUGGUUUAUCUACUUGUGUUUAUAUGCUAGAAAACCACAAAUGAAUUCUUGCUCCUACAAGGCUGAAGGGCUGUGAUAAAGCAAUACAGAAAUAGUUUUGUGGGUUUUUUUUUUUUUUUUUUUUUCCUUUAUGCUGCUCCCAAAUCAUCUCUAGCUAUUUUGCAGUUACAAGGUCUAUAUUAGGUAAUGCUGGAAGAGACAGAAUAAAGGAUAGCUAGGGAAUGCAUCUAUAAUUUAGGCAAUUAGGAAAAUCACCCUGUGGCCUGUGAAUACAACAUUUUUGUUCUAUUACCAUCAAAGCCACAGUAUCUGACUCUUCAGAAGUAUUGUAUGCAGGAGGUGGCCACAUCAGGUCUUCCUUUACUGUGCAUAUUGACAGCAAUAAGUAAAUAAAAGUUAUGCUGACAC